AGCCCUAAAAAUGAAAACAGUUGCCUGCAAUGUUUCAAGCCAUGAGAGUCACUGAGGACUUACAGAUGGGAAAGAGGAAGAUAAGGCAAAGUAUCAAGUUCAUCAUGAUUUAGGAUCUCCAGGCCACCACAGCCAAAAGGGCUGUUCUGUGUUUCUGAGGCGGUGAGAGGUGGCAGCAAACAGCAGCAGGGUCACAAGGAAUGUCUGCAGCCAGAUGGGCUGAGCACCCACCAGGGAGAAGCAGCGCCUGCCCCAUCUGCACCCCUGAACCUCACUGGCAUGGAGGACCUGUCCCUACUCACCAUCAUUCUCCCUCACCCACCUCACUUCAGCCCAGCUGAGCACAACCAGGAGAGAAGUGUUUGGUACAUGCACAGGGACUCUAUGAUCAAGCACCGGGCCCAGAAAGCUCCCCCUGGGCAGCACAGGCACUGUGAGCGAUGCUUCAGCCGGCACUGCCGCGCACCCAUUGAGGUCUCCGUGUCCUGCAUGGUGAUCAGCUGCCGCCUCCACUGCGGGGCCACCUUCCACAUGUGCAAGGAGGAGGAGCACAAAUUGCUCUGCCCCUUGGAGCAGGUGUCCUGCCUCAACUCAGCCUAUGGCUGCCCUUUCUCUAUGGCCCGCUUCAAGCUGGGGAAGCACCUUCAGGUCUGUCCCGCCAGUGUUGUCUGCUGCUCGAUGGAGUGGAACCGCUGGCCAAACGUGGAUUCAGACACAACGCUGCACAAGAAUAUUAUGAAAGAGACCUUGAAUGAAGAAUGUCUGGACACAGCUUUGGCACUCAGAGACCAGAAGAUACUUUUCAGGGCUUUGAAAGUAGCUGAAUUAUUUCCAGAGUGGAGGAAAAAGGAUGAACUGGAAGAACUAAUGGAUCAAGCCAUGGGUGGGGAGGCAGGUGCUGUGGGAGGAGCUGCCUGUGGUUCCCAAGAGGGCAAUGACCAGUCUGAGCUCAGCCAACGUGAGCGGGAAGAUUUGGCAAAGGACAAAGAGGGAAUGGAUCUGGGGAGCUACAAAACAUGGGAGAACAUUUUCAGCAAAGAGCUUCUGGCUUGCCAGGUAACAGGCUCAGCAACCAGCUCAGGACAAAAGACAGAGGAGGCUCCCAAGAAAACAGCAGCAGCCUCUCGUGCUGCCAGCUCCACAGAGAAGGCAAAGGAAGGACCUGAUGGUGCAGAAGAGGGAAAGGCCCAAAAGUCUGAACAAGUAACACCGAGUAGAGAACUGAAUGGACUGGCUCCCUGGCAAGAAGGGGUCCUGGAGAGGCUGAAGAAGGAAGUCGGUGUAGCGGAUUACAACAUGUAUCUGGUACAUCACGGUGGAAUGCUCAUCCGCUUUGGCCAGAUGGCUGCUUGCACUCCCAGAGAAAAAGAUUUUGUCUAUGGGAACUUGGAAGCCCAGGAGGUGAAGACUGUCUACACCUUCAAAGUGCCAGUUAGUUACUGUGGCAAAAGAGCACGACUAGGAGAUGCACUGGGCCACAAAAUGCCAACUUCAGACAAGUCAGUGGAUACCUCAGAACUGGGAAUAAACAUAGAAGAACUACCUAAGACAAAUAUAGUUGAAGCCACACUGCUGUGUGCUCUGGAGAAAGAGCUGAAAGGCCAUGAGAUCUCUGAAGCAAGAGGUAUCGAUGGACUCUUUGUGGAUUUUGCAACACAGACAUACAGCUUUCCUUUGGAGCCCUUCUCCUCCAGCGCAGUUCUAGCAGAUAUUCUGGAUGAAAACAGCCCACCAGAACUGCACAUGGAGCUCUACACGGAAUGUGUAACCAGAAGGCACAACAAAAGCAGUUCAGCUUUCACAUUCACUUGCAGUCAUUUCUUUAGGAGGGAUGAGUUCCCAUUCCACUUCAAGAAUGUGCACGCUGAUAUCCAGUCGUGCCUGGACGGAUGGUUCCAGCACCGCUGCCCACUGGCCUACCUGGGAUGUCCUUUUGUCCAAAAUCACUUCCGCCCUGAGGGACUUAAGGCCAAGGUUAUUUACAGCAAGCCUCUCAAGACAUUUGCUAUUAAGCCAGAGGUGGACACCCUUCUUGCUGAACCGGGCAAGUGCAAUUCCAUAGUGGAUAGUCGAGGGAGAAGCAAGGACUUGCUGAGCAGCCUCCCAGUGGAAGUGCUCAAGUACAUCGCAGGAUUUCUGGACAGCUUCAGUUUAUCUCAGCUAUCACAAGUGUCAGUGCUCAUGAGGGACAUCUGUGCUACUCUUCUUCAAGAGAGGGGAAUGGUCCUGCUGGUCUGGGAGAAAAAAAGAUAUUCCCAUGGUGGUACUUCUUGGAGAGCUCGCAAAAAGGUCUGGCAGUUCAGCAGCCUGUUCUCCAGAGUUCACAACUGGCAGCGCAGCGAUGUCCCGAGCAUGUCGGAGCACCUGAGGAAUUGUCCCUUCUACCAGGCGGAGCACAGGACAGACCCCGUGCUGCUGACGGGCAUGAGCGAGUCUCGGGAGCAGACUCGAAAGACUUUGGUCUCUACUUUCAAGCACAGAGUCUGAACAACUUGCUUCCCCUCUGCCAUGCUCCCUUCAGGGCUCUGAGAUGAAGAUUUGGGGAUUCAGGUGUAAAGAUUGUUGCUUCCAGCUCUCCUUUGGACGUACAAAAUUGGCUUCUCCCCAACUGCGUUUGAAACCUCUGCAUUUUUUUUUCCCUGCAUUGAUUUGUUAAAGCUUUGACCACUGCUUACUAACUUGACAUGCUUUCUGUUUUCUGUUCCUGGUUUAAUACAGCAUCCUGAAGAAAGCAAUGAGGAUCUUAUUUGAAAACAGCAUUUUUACAUCCUUGAAGGGUCUGAACUGGAAAAAGGGAUCCAAUUCCAGCAGAGCAUUGAGGUUGCUCUCAGUCCAGCCCCCACACUCUGGAUCUUCAUGACUUUGAUCUUGUUUGUGCUGUCCUCAAGUCCUGUGAAGUGCAAGAGCAAUACUCCACACACUCCAGGCUGAUGUGUCUUGUAGUGUUUCCUCUCACUGGAAGAGUGGAAGUGAAAUGAAGGCAUCGUGGAAAUCAGAAAGGUCAGAGCAGGGCAAGAGGAGACAGGAAACAGAAAAGGUAAUGGGUUUGGAUAGAGACACCUGCCUCUUUGUAGGUGGUGUGAGGAGAGGCAAGAGGAGACAGGUGAAAGGGCACAGGAAUGAAAGGAGUUGGGAUGUGCUGCCAAAACCAGAGAUUUUCUGGAGAAAAGCAUUUCUAUGACAAAGACUCUGGAAGUUCCCAACUGGUGCUAUACAGUAACCUGGGGCAGAUGAUAAUUUUUAGGGGGAGAAAGGGCAAGUGACCUGCUGACAUGUAUCCUAAGUCUGGGUUGAAGGAAGGAAUUUUUUGAUGGACCUCCAACUCCCAAAACAGAGAGCACAGAUAAGGUGAAGUUUAUCUGAACAGUGCCUGUUUUUUUGUGAAACUCUGUAACUCCUUGUUGCAUUCUUAGGAAUAAAAAUUAUUAUGGUAUAAAAAAAUCCAUUCAAA